AUGGUGGGGAAACAGUUCGAGUUCGAGGACCAGAGGGAUGGCAUCGUGCCUCCCUUGGAGGAAAAGAAGGUCGUCGAUGAGGUCUAUACCGAUAAUGAUGUUGCGUCGGAGGAGAUUGUCAAGGACUGGGAUGAUAAGGAGGAGGGCAAGCUGCGGAGGAAGAUCGAUAUCAUCCUCAUCCCCAUUCUCGCUCUCGCUUUCUUCGGCCUCCAGAUUGAUCGCGGCAAUAUCAGCGCCGCUCUUACCUCCACUAUCACCGAAGACCUAGGUGUCACCACGAACCAAAUCAAUAUCGGAACCCAGUUGCUUUCGGCUGGUAUUGUCAUCACCGAGAUCCCGUCAAAUAUUAUACUUCAGCGCAUCGGUCCCCAGGUCUGGUUGUCGGCACAGCUGAUCGCUUGGGGUCUGGUUGGCACAUUCCAGGCUUUUGUACAGUCGUACCCGGCGUAUCUGGCCACGAGGUUGUUGCUGGGACUGUUGGAGGGAGGGUUUAUUCCUGGUGCCUUGUACUAUCUCUCGACAUGGUAUAAACGACCUGAGAUGAGUUUCCGGACCACUCUGUUCUUCUAUGGGCAGAUGUUUGCCGGUGCAACCUCGAGUCUGAUCUCCGCUGGCUUGUUGAAGCUGGAUGGAAAGUGUGGGCUUGCGGGGUGGAGAUGGAUCUUCCUGGUUGAGGGCCUGAUUACCAUCUUCGCUGCCAUCCUGUUCAUUCUGUUUAUUCCCAAGAAGGCAGGUGAUGGAAGCCCUCUCAUCAGCAUGGGUCGCUGGAGUUACUUCUCCCCCCGCGAGAAGCGCAUCAUCCUCGACCGUGUUUUGCUUGACGACCCUCUGAAGACACGAGAGCAUAUCAAGAUCACUGGCCGCGAUAUCUGGAAGACUGUCACACAGACCACGACGCUUCAGCAUAUGUUGAUCACAUUGGUGGCCAUGUCCGCCUUCCAGGGCUUGAACACUUACACUCCCAGCAUGAUUAAGUCCUUUGGAUUCAGUGCCGUCAGAGCAAAUGCUCUGGCAUCAGUACCAGUUUAUGCUAGCAUUGUUUGGACAACAAUUCUGGCUUAUUCCUCGGACAAAAUCGGGCAUCGCGGGCCCUUCGUCCUCCUCUGUAUCACGUGGAACGUCAUUUCGUAUGCGUGUCUACGCACCAGUCCUACAGAUGCAUCAAGCUGGCACAGAUAUUCUGUUAUUGCUUGUGCUAAUGUAGCCUACUGUAGCAUGCAUGUUCUCAACGUUGGUUGGCUUUCCUUCUAUUGCAAAACACCUCAAGAGCGGAGUAUAUCUAUGGCGUUGAUCGUCAUGUCCGCCAACCUUUCGGGUAUCUCUGGGGCCCAGAUCUUUCGAUCCUCGGAUGCUCCCCUUUACAUCCACGGCCUCACGGCCAUCUGUGCCUUGGCUGCCGCCUCAUGGGUCCAGACCUUGGUCUUGAAUCUACAGUAUCUCUUCAGGAGGAAGAAGACUCAGGCUGGAACUGUCUAAGAGGCUCAUCUGGGAUGAUGCAGGACCAUGUAUCCUUGGACUUAAUGAUGCUACGAGAUAGAAACACUUAAUGAUAAGCUCAUACCUUCAC